AUGACGUAUUUUGAUCCUUAUCAAAGUGUUCCACAACAGUAUAUGGCACAACCUUACUAUCCACAAUUUUACGCUCAGCAAGGGUCGGAAGAACAGUUAGUGAGUCCAGAAGGUAGCGUGCAACAACAAGGUGAUUCAAGAAUGCCGCCAUAUGAUCAAUAUCCUCAAUUCCAAGGAGAUCAGUUCAGUUUCAAUAGAAAUGAAAACACUCCUGGAUCUGGCAAUGAUUACUAUGACGAAGCUUCAUUCAUUAAUGGUAAUGAUGGACAGGGAAAUAUGGGCCAACAUUUCAACGGAAACCAGUUUCCUCCAAUGGCACCUGGUAAUGGACCUCCAGGAAACUUACAAAUGCCAAAUAUGGCACCACCAACUCCUCAAAAUCAACCUGAUGUGUUUGGCCAAAUGGGUCCAAAUUCGAAUGGUAACUCUUCAGUUGCUCCAUCAAGAACCGUUUAUUUGGGUAAUAUUCCAUCUGAUAUUCAACCAAAUGAAUUAUUGGAUUAUGUCAGAUCCGGUAUUCUUGAAUCAGUUAAGAUUUUGCCUUCGAAAAAUUGCGCUUUCAUUUCUUUCAUAGACCAUCAAUCUGCUUUGUUGUUCCAUUCUGAUUGCAUUUUGAAGAAAUUGAACAUUAAAGGGCAUGACGUUAGGAUCGGUUGGGGUAAAAAUAGCCCUAUAUUGCCUGCUGUUAUGGAAUCAAUUCAAAGGCAUGGUGCUACUAGGAAUGUUUACCUAGGCAAUUUAAAUAACUCUGUUAAUGGCGAAAUCAUUACUGAACAAGAGUUGAGAGAUGACUUAUCGUGCUACGGUGUCAUUGAUUGUAUCAAGAUCAUUCCAGAGAAAGGAAUUGCCUUCAUUCAUUUCUUGUCUAUUUUGAGUGCCAUAAGAUGUGUCGCCAAUUUACCAUUGAAAGAAAAGUACUUAGAUAAAAAGUGUUUCUACGGUAAAGACAGAUGUGCUUUCAUUACUAAAACCCAACAACAUAAUGCAGCUCAGUACUUAGGUUUAGCACCAGGUAUGGAGCAUAUUGUUACAGCUGCCGAUCGUGAAUUCAUAUCUUCAGCGUUGGUGCAACAAUCUGCUGCUGCUGCUCAAAUUGCUACUCAAGCAGGUGGAGCCAACAAUUUGGGUAAUCGUACAGUUUAUUUGGGUAACUUACACCAAGACUCUUCUGUCGAAGAAAUCUGUAACGUUGUUAGAGGAGGGUUAUUGCAAAGUAUUAGAUUUUUGAAAGAACGUCAUGUUUGUUUUAUUACUUUUAUUGAUCCAAUCGCUGCAGCCCAAUUCUUUGCCAUGUGCCAAUUGCAUGGAUUAACAAUUCAUAAUCGUAGAAUUAAGGUUGGAUGGGGUAAGCAUUCUGGUCCUUUGUCGAAUGCAUUAUCUUUGGCUGUUUCAAAUGGUGCAUCCAGAAAUAUUUACAUUGGUAAUAUAACUGAUUUCGAAUACUACAACCCAUCUAAAUUAAGAGAGGAUUUCACGAAAUUUGGAGAUAUUGAACAAAUUAACUAUUUAGAAGAAAAGAAUUGUGCAUUUAUAAAUUUUGUUAACAUAGCAAAUGCUAUUAAGGCAAUUGACGGUAUAAAAUCAUUUCACGACUAUAAAAAUUUAAAAAUCAAUUUUGGCAAAGAUAGAUGUGGUAACUUACCAAGACAAUUCCAAAACCAAAAUCAAAAUCAAGGACAAAACCACAAUCAUAACUCAGGAAUUGAUAAUGGUUCAAACCAGUCAUUUUCCGAUAAUGAAUUCAUGAAUGAUGAAAUUUAG